UUCCGGACGACUAAGCAGUAAGCACUGUUCCAAAUUCCAAUCCAAAUUGAAAUCUGAGAGUUCAAAUAGUUGCUAUCUGGGUAAUAGGAUUAGGAAUGCCCCUGGCAGAUGCAAAGAGGAUGAGAGAAAGAAAGUUCUUUGAGUUUGGUACUGCUUUCUCCUCAACAAUUUGGCAAAGCAGAACCAUGAAACCGAGUCAUUUCGUAUGUUGUAUUCUUAUAUUUGUUUAUGACAACAAUAUCUUCGCUCUUUACUUUUGUUAGAUAACUUUCUCGAUUUUGUUCAUUGCAGCAGCCCUCCUGAGUGCAUAUUCAUGAUGAUAUUGUUAUGAGUGGGAACUUCUAUAAAUUUCUUACUGCGCCAACAACCUUUUGAAAAUUUGAACAUGCUGUAUCUUUUAUUAAUAAUAAAGUCUUGUGUAAUCUUCACGAAAAUAUUAUUUCAAAUUUUAAUGUUCCAGGUCUGAGUUGAACCGUGUCUGUUCAUAUUAAGAACUGUGACAAUGGUAUUGAUAAGCGGCAAUAACAAAAGUAUUUUACAACACCCAAAUGAUGCGAGGUCAAAGGCAUCGGGUGUAACGGUGUUUCACAAUCCCCAUCAUCAACAAGGAAGCAAGAACAUUGAAACCAGGCCAUCCCACAACGUGGUCAGCUCAAACUUGACCAAAGGAAUGACAGCAUUAGAUGAAUUCAAGUAUGGUUUUCCGUCGGAAGGCCUUUCGACUACUUCAAACAAAUGGUGGGGAAGCAGUGGUCCUGAUGAUUCUGUUGGCAAGAAGGCAGAUGGACCUGAUGUCGGCAAGCACGGGAAGGAUCGAAUCGAGGGGACGGAAAAGGAAGAAGCCGAUACAGAGAUGUCUGAAGCGGGAAAAGAAACCAUGAAAACUCCUGAAGGAGCUGCUUUAUUGGCAGACAUAAGGAAAAGAGCUGUGCAAGAAGGCCGAGAAACACUUAAACUAGGUGUUUUUCGAGGCUGUGGUGUGAAAAAGAUUGGGAAAAGAGAGAAAAUUAUGCUUCUCCAAAUAUUCAGUUCUUCAUUGCCAAGUUCAUGGAUACAUGAUUCAUCAUAAGUUAGGGUGAGUCUGCAACUGUAAAAACUCAACUUGGAAUCAUUCCAAUCCAAAUCUGAGAGUUCCUCCUUGCUUCUGCCUUCUAAAUGCCAUAACCAUCCUAAUUCGACUUUGUUACGGUUAAAAUCAAUGGGUAAGUCGGAUUACUAUAUCCACGUAAUGUGAGUGAAGGGUUUAUUGUAAUGCUAC